AUGAAGCUUAUUUUGCCAUUACUUGAGGCCGGAGCGGCCGUGGCCACACCUCUGGCCAUCAUGGCCGACUCUUUCAUCGCGCGUGGGGUGUCUUCUUCUAUUAACUAUAGUUAUAUGGUGCUCUAUGAUGGGAUCCAGCUAGCAUAUAACUUCACGGGUGAAGAAAAGUAUCUCUCAUGGUAUCGCGGCCAAAUCGACCAGCUCAUACUUGACGACGGUACUAUCGAAGGUUGGGACUACGAGAAGUACUCUCUUGACAAUUAUCGGAUGGGCAACAACCUUCUCUUCUUUUAUGAGACAACGGGUGAGAAGAAGUAUAAGGACGCAGCGUUCAUCAUCCGGGAGCAAAUCAACCGACACCCGAGAACAGUGACUGGAGGUUUCUGGCACCGUAACCCCGAGUAUCCCAACCAGAUGUGGCUGGAUGGCAUUUUCAUGGCCGAUUCGUUCUAUGCGAAAUUUACCAAGGCCUUUGAUAACGGUAAUACGACGGCAUGGGACGACAUUGCCCUCCAAUACGACAACAUUGAGGCCCAUACGCGGAAUGCGACGUCCGGUCUCCUAGUUCACGGCUACGACGAGAGCAAGGCGGCUGUGUGGGCUGACCCUGUGACGGGCGGUGCACCACUAGUAUGGAAUAGAGCCGAUGGCUGGUACUUCAUGUCGUUGUUGGAGGUGAUCCCGGUUUGGCCCGAGACUCAUCCAGCACGAGAAACGCUCAUCGGCUACUUCACGACCCUCGCUACUGCUUUGUUGAGAACACAGGACGAGUCGGGUGGGUGGUGGUUGAUCAUGAGCGAGCCGUAUAUCGGUGCGCAGGGAAAUUACAUUGAAAGCAGCGGGUCGGCUAUGUUCACCUAUGGUUUCCUAAAGGGCAUCAGGUUUGGCUUGUUGGAUAGCGAUAAAUAUCUCGCAGCUGCACUAAAAGGCUACGAUUUGUUGGCUAGCGAGUUCGUCACUGAGAAUAAUGACGGGACUAUUUCCGUGCCUCUGGCCGUUAACGACUACAAAGGAGCCGGACCAUUCAUGUAUGCAUCUUGGGAGAUAGAAGCACUGUAA